AUGCCGCCUUUGCCAUCUGCCCUAUCGGAGAAAGAGCUUGGCGAGCUGGAGGUAGACGGCAUAGCGACCCCUACUGGUCCUCAAGCCCCAGCUCUGUCCUCAGUGCUGCCGGAGGAGGCGGGUACCAAGCAUCCCUUCCUCCCCCGAAAGAAGCUGCCUUCUCUGAAGCAGGUGAACUCAGCCCGGAAGCAACUGAGGCCAAAGGCCACCUCUACAGCAGCCACCCAGAGGGCAGGGUCCCAGUCCUCGGGCUUGGAUCUUUCCUCCUCCUCCUCCUCCUCAUCUGCCUCCUCCACCUUCUUCUCCUCCUCCAUGGAGAAGUCCCAGCCCCUGGACGCCCCGGACCCCCUCAUGGAUGAAGAGCCAUCUUCAGAGGUGGCCCUCUGGCCAGACAGCAAGGAGGAGACUGUCCCCACAACACCUGCGCCGUUACAGAUCUCCCCCUUCACCUCGCAGCCUUAUGUGGCCCACACCCUGCCCCAGAGGCCAGACCCUGGGGAACCUACAGUGCCUGAUGAGUCCCAUGAGGCUGCAGCCCAGGACAUCAGUCCUGUGACCCUGAUGGACAAAGCGGAGAAUGAACUGACUGGGUCAGCCUCAGAGGAGAGCCAGGAGACCACCACGACCACCAUCAUCACCACCACAGUCAUCACCACGGAACAGGCCCCAGCUCUUUGCAGCGUGAGCUUCUCCGAUCCGGAGGGGUACAUCGACUCCAGCGACUACCUGCCGCUGCCCCUCAGCAGCUUCCUGGAGUGCACGUACAACGUGACGGUCUACACCGGCUACGGAGUGGAGCUCCAGGUGAAGAGCGUGAACCUGUCGGAGGGGGAGCUGCUCUCCAUCCGGGCCGUGGACGGCCCCACCCUCACCGUCCUGGCCAACCAGACGCUCCUGGUGGAGGGCCAGGUGAUCCGCAGCCCCACCAACACCAUCUCCGUCUACUUCCGCACCUUCCAGGAAGACGGGCUGGGCAACUUCCAGCUGCAUUACCAGGCCUUCAUGCUGAGCUGCAGCUUUCCCCGCCGCCCCGACUCCGGGGACGUCACCGUGAUGGACCUGCAUGCAGGCGGGGUGGCCCACUUCCACUGCCACCUGGGCUACGAGCUCCAGGGUGCCAAGAUGCUCACCUGCAUCAACGCCUCCAAGCCCCACUGGAGCAGCCCGGAGCCCAUCUGCUCAGCCCCUUGCGGAGGGACAGUACACAACGCCACCAUCGGCCGUGUCCUCUCCCCAAGUCACCCUGGGAACAACAGCAAUGGGAACCAGUUCUGCGUAUGGACAAUUGAAGCCCCAGAGAGCCAGAAGCUGCACCUGCACUUUGAGAAAUUGUCAUUGCAUGAGAAGGACAGGAUGACGGUCCACAGCGGGCAGACCAACAAGUCGACUCUUCUCUAUGACUCCCUUCAAACCGAGAGCGUCCCCUUCGAGGGGCUGCUGAGUGAAGGCCACAUCAUUCGCAUCGAGUUCACAUCCGAUCAGAGCCAGGCAGCCUCAGCCUUCAACAUCCGGUUUGAGGCCUUUGAGAAAGGCCACUGUUACGAGCCGUACAUUCAGAAUGGGAACUUCACCACGUCUGACCCCACCUAUAACAUUGGAACCAUUGUGGAGUUUACUUGCGACCCUGGCCACUCUCUGGAACAAGGCCCAGCCAUCAUCGAGUGCAUCAAUGUGCGGGACCCGUACUGGAAUGACACGGAGCCCCUGUGCAGAGCUAUGUGCGGUGGGGAGCUCUCUGCUGUGGCUGGGGUGGUGCUUUCUCCAAACUGGCCGGAGCCCUAUGUGGAGGGUGAAGAUUGUGUCUGGAAGAUUCAUGUUGGGGAAGAGAAGAGGAUCUUCCUGGACAUCCAGUUCUUGAACUUGAGUAACAGCGACAUCUUGACCAUCUAUGACGGCGAUGAGGUCAUGCCCCACAUCCUGGGCCAGUACCUUGGGAACACUGGCCCGCAAAAGCUGUACUCAUCCACGCCAGACCUCACCAUCCAGUUCCACUCGGACCCUGCUGGCCUCAUCUUUGGAAAAGGUCAAGGAUUUAUCAUGAACUACAUAGAGGUGUCAAGAAACGACUCGUGCUCAGAUCUGCCCGAGAUCCAGAACGGCUGGAAGACCACGUCCCACACGGAGUUGGUGAGGGGUGCCAGGAUCACCUACCAGUGUGACCCGGGCUACGACAUCGUGGGGAGUGACACGCUCACCUGCCAGUGGGACCUCAGCUGGAGCAGCGACCCCCCGUUCUGCGAGAAAAUCAUGUAUUGCACCGACCCAGGAGAGGUGGACCACUCCACCCGCUUGAUUUCGGAUCCCGUGCUGCUGGUGGGCACCACCAUCCAAUACACCUGCAACCCCGGCUUCGUGCUCGAAGGCAGCUCUCUCCUCACCUGCUACAGCCGGGAAACCGGGACUCCCAUCUGGACGUCUCGGCUGCCUCACUGUGUCUCCGAGGAGUCUCUGGCCUGCGACAACCCGGGCUUACCUGAAAAUGGAUACCAGAUCCUGUACAAGCGCCUCUACCUGCCAGGGGAGUCCCUCACCUUCAUGUGCUACGAGGGCUUUGAGCUGAUGGGCGAAGUGACCAUCCGCUGCAUCCUGGGGCAGCCGUCCCACUGGAACGGGCCGCUGCCUGUUUGCAAAGUUAAUCAAGACAAUUUUGAACAUGCUUUAGAAGUAGCAGAAGCGGCAGCAGAGUCAUCUUUGGAAGGAGGAAACAUGGCCUUGGCCAUCUUCAUCCCGGUCCUCAUCAUCUCCUUACUGCUGGGAGGAGCCUACAUUUACAUCACAAGAUGCCGCUAUUACUCCAGUCUCCGCCUGCCCCUGAUGUACUCCCACCCCUACAGCCAGAUCACCGUGGAAACGGAGUUUGACAACCCCAUUUAUGAGACGGGGGAAACCAGAGAGUAUGAGGUUUCAAUCUAA